CUGUUGUGUAGGUAUGAUAGGGAAAGACUGUCUGAUAUUGUCCAAGGUGUAUUUAUUGCUUGUUUGCCCUUGUCAUGGGUAAUAUCGUGUCAAGGUGUGUCCAGGAAGUGAGAGACAUCGUCAACAACUGUCGAGCUGGUCGCACGGACGAUGAUUCCAAAGUUCUCUACACGUUUCCUAAAGAGGAUUUAGAGAAAUACAAGAUUCGGACUGCUCCUAAUAAUGUCGUGACUGAUACCUCUCCCCCAGCCGAAAAUAACGCUAUUGCCAAUGUCGAGAACAGUACACCGGAAUAUGCACGGAUCGAGAAAAAGAAGGAGAACUUUGAUGGAUUCAGGAUAGAUAGGACCCACUUUUUAAAGGGACAUGACUAUGUGAAUUGUGUGCAUCCAGAGGAUAUAAGAAAAAGCUGGGAGGUCAAAAUGGAUUACAAGGAAUUACGACCAGACCGGAGACAGUUUCAAGGAAAAUGUGGUCCAGAUGAAGAAGAAAUCCGUCUGACUGCUGUUCAUUUGUGCACAAGGGAUAACAGGUUCAAUAUUGAGAAGGAUUUACUGAUUGCCAGGAAAAAUUUUGAUCGGACAAGAAACGGAAAACAUUAUGAUAAGUCCUCUCGAAUCAGUGACCCUGGCCGACAGAUGUGUGAUGUUGGGGUUCAGGUUGGAGGUAUUGACAAAUGUCGAAGGAAAUCGGCUUCAGUUAUCAAAUAUGCGGACAACUAUCUGAUACCCAAACUGACGUCAGAUAAACAUCUGGAAGAAUAUUCUUUGUUUGACGAGCCUAAUGAUAAGACAUCUUCUGACCCUGUGAGUGCCUUGGAACAACGACAAGAAGAUGUCCUCCAGCGUUUGGUGGAGCUGCAGCAGUCGGUACAGAAACUCUCCCAGAAGUAUGGAGUCCCUUUCUCCCUGGGAGGACAAGCAGCAGGCAUGGUGGCUGCAGACAGCCCCAUAAAGCCUGGCGUGUUCCACGACAUAGUGAUCCAGGCUGACCCCAGCCGUCCUCCCCUCUCACUGCUGGUUCUGUACCAGCGACUAGCUGAGACAUACAAGGUCCUGGCCUCCACCUUCGUCCACUCCUCUGCCACGCUGAUGUACCUGACAACCUUCGACAUCUUCAAGAAUGGAGGGUCUGUGCCCAGGAGGGAGGCCCAAGUCUGUCUAACUCUCAUUUGGAAACAAGUGAAAAAUGGUCCAAUUCUGAUGAUUAACACUGCCAAACAAAGUCCAAUUUUCGGGGAGGCCAACAUUGCUCGCUACAUUGAACGCAUUCUCAACCCUGCAUACGACAGUGCAGACAUCGUCAUGGCAACACAGAGCGAUGAAUGGCUGGACAUGGCUGACUUACAGGUUUCCAAUGGCAACAACAAGGAAAAGGCAGCAGUAGUCCGAGCUCUCAACUCAAGAUUAGGAAGGAAUGAUUGGCUAGUAGGUUCUUCGCUGUCAUUGGCCGAUAUUGUCAUGUGGUCUGCCCUCAACCAAUCAGGACAGACUGCUGAUGUGCCAAACAAUGUGAAGAAAUGGGUGAAGGCUUGUAAUGAUGCUUCCGUGUUUAAACAGGCUCUAAGUGCUCUUGGCUGAACAUGUUUGAAUAAAAUCUGGUUCUGUGAUACAAGAUUUGCUCAGCUGCUCCUUCUGUCUUCUGUGGUGUGUGUUGCUACUAAUUUAUUCAUCAUAAAUCUUUUACUCCCAAAAACAAUGGCAAUAACUUUACUUGAAUUCAUGUCUGCGAAAUUUUUAAUUUUAUUUAAGUCAGAAUUAUUGUAUGACCUACUGAAAGACGUUUAUGCUAAGAAAAAAAUAUUAUGUUAGAUAUUUAUUAUGCUGUAUAUAUAAAGAAUGACAUACAUUGAAGUUUUGAAAUUUUUAACGAAAGAUAUUUCUUCAAAACAUUAUUUAGCUUGAAAAAGUUGGUGUUGCCCAAAAAAGAAGAAAAUAUUUGGAUGAGUUGUCAGCUAAAGUAUUCUCUUCCAUGUGUAUGACACAGAUUAUCAUUAAAGAUUUAAGAAGGAGCACUCAAUAACAUGCAUUAGUUUCUUAAAUGACUUUUUCAUAGCAGUCACAAAAGAUCAUCUUGAUGUGAAGGGCGGUGGGUUAGCCUAGUGUUUAAAGUGUUCGCUAGUCACGCCAAAGACACAGGUUCUAUUCCCCACAUGGGUACAAUGUGUGAAGCCCAUUUGGGUGUCCCCCGCAGUGCUAUUGCUGAAAUAUUGCUAAAGGCAGCAUAAAAACAAACUCACUCACUCUUGAUGUGAACUGUUGUUCUACCUUUUGACUUUAGUGUUUGUUGUAUCCAUGGUUACCUGAAGACACAAACCAAUCACAUUCAUGAACUUAGAACCCUGGAAUAUGGUACAUUUACAUAGACUCCUAUUUUCAACUUAUUUUCUCCCUACUAACAAGUCUGUUUCUCUAGCGUUGCCCAGAUACCAUUUAAAUGAACCUUAUUUGGAGAGAUCUAUUUUCCCGUUCUCCAUUUCGUUGAGCAAAACUUGCAUCUACAGCUGAUCCAGUAACAAUAUGAAUGGUGCUCUCAGUAAUAGGGAAAUGUUUUAGACAGAACUGAUUUUAUCUGGUUCAUGUAAGACUAGACUUUUGGACAAAACCGUGAAAAGAAUAUCUGAUACAAGAUAAAGACAAAUUCAGGAAAACUUGGCGGCCCUCACAUUAACUUCCAUAGACUAUUGUAAAUAGUGCAAUAAACCAUUGAAACAA